AUGAGCCUCGCAUUUCUCAAAUCGCUGUUUUUUUACAAUGACCUAGAAAGACACCUGGUCCACGAGGUUGAGGAGCCUCCGCUCAUCACCAAGCACUGUUCGAUGAAGAAGUUCAGGGUCGGAGACAAGCAGCUCAACCUACGGGUGUUCAAUCUGCCCCAUUAUCGGGAAAACAAAUUCCCUGCUCUUCCAAUCGUGCUCUUUAUUCACGGCAUGGGUGGCUCGCUCUCGCAAUUCUAUCAUCUCAUGGACCACAUGAGUCACUACGCUGAACUUGUGGCCGUUGAUCUGCCUGGACACGGAAAGUCGGAGUUUCAGCCUUCUGACUGGGCCAGCUACAAGACCGAACGACUGCUUGACGUGCUAGAGACUGUAUUGAGCUCAACGUGUUCAGAGGAUCGAGAGGUGGUCAUCAUUGGGCACUCUAUGGGAUGCGUGUUGGCUGCCAAGCUGGCCAACAGACUCGGAAUCAGAUGUAUCGGGAUGGUGGCAAUCACUCCUGUUGCUGAGCUCGACGAAAAAACACAAAAGCUGCAACGACUACUACCAUACAUGCCCGGAUUUGUUUUCGACAUCCUACGGGCUCUGGAUCGAUGGGGAGGAACUGAGUCCAAGUCCGUCAGCCGAAUGGUGGCCAAAGAGGCGUCCGAGGAGGUGCGUCUGAAGCAAUUGCGAUGGAACCUUCAGGUUCGGACGCCCGUGUGGAUGCGAACUGCUGCAGGACUCACUCCCGCUACCAAGGAGGAAUGGGCUGUUCUUAACACACCUGUCUAUCUGAUUGGAGCCGAGGAGGACCAUGCAACCCCUCCAGGACCCAACAUGGACGUGAUCCAUAAGUGGCUGACGUCACCUUGCACGUCGGAGAACUCGCUGACGUUGGUUCGUGGUGCUGGACAUGCCGUUAUGGUCGAAAAGCCCGAGCUCGUGUGUGGACUCAUCAACGACUUCAUCACUGAGAACGUGGAUGUCAAGCUGAGUCUCGGAUGGCAACUAUCUUACCUGGCUGCUCGAGACGACAAAUGGUCACUGAAGAACGAAGAUAAGUGGAGGGCAACCCAGUGUGUAUCUUCUAAAGUAGGUGUGGCACCGUUUAGAGCCAUGAAAACGCUAAGAGAACACGACAAAGAACAUAACCCAGUCAUUCUGGAAGAGCAGUACCCAGAUAUCACUGACGUUAUUGACAUCUCCAGAGAAACCCCUCCUUACGAACCUUCGUCAUUCAAGCGAAUCACUUAUCACAAGUUUCCCACAGUGUCCAAGUUACCGCCAACUAAAGACGAGGUCAAGAAGUAUUCCGAAUUGGUAGACUCGAUUCUGGAAAAGCGCAAGGAGCAGGGCAUUGAGAACCCCGUCGUGGCUACACAUUGCCAUUAUGGAUUCAACCGAACAGGCUUCUUUCUGUGUUCGUACAUGAUUGAGCGACUCGGCGUGUCCACCAAGGACGCCAUUGCUGCUUUUGCUGAGGCUCGUCCUCCCGGAAUCAAACAUCCUCAUUUCAUCGAUGAGCUGUAUGUUCGACACACGCAGUAG